AUGGUCGAAUCGGUGAUCCAGCUGAAAUGCAAUUGCAACAACUACCCCUGGGGCAGAAAGGGUCGCGAGUCACUGGCCGCCCGGCUCUGCUCCAAGACGAAUCCCGACUUUCAGCUCGACGACUCCAAGGAGUACGCCGAGAUGUGGAUGGGAACAUACCCGGAACUGCCGUCCUUCUCGCUCGAGACAGGCCAGGAUUUGCAGGAGAUCCUGAAACAGCACAAGGAGGAGCUGGUAGGCAAAAAAGUGUACGAAAAAUUCGGGGCCGACCUGCCUUUCCUCCCCAAGAUCUUGUCCAUUGCAAAGGCGCUCCCGCUGCAGAUUCACCCGGACAAGAAACUGUCGGAGAAGCUGCACAAGGACAGCCCGGACCAGUUCCCAGAUCCCAACCACAAGCCCGAGAUCGCCGUCGCUCUGUCCAGAUUCGAGGCUUUUGUCGGGUUCAAGCCCCUCGUAGACAUCCAGGAGUUGAUGAAGUUGGAACCUCUCAAACCAUUCCUGCCCACCACUACCGAGGGCUUGACUUUGAGCGAUGACGAGACUCUGCGGCAGAUUUGUACAAACAUGCUGAAGGCGGAGGAAGAUGUCGUCGCAAAGACGAUGAAGGGCCUGUUGGCGACGCGGGCGGACCAAUUGGGAAACCAGGGGUAUGUGCUCGAUUUGGCCCAAAGGUUGCAGGAACAAUAUGGUAGGCAGGACAACGGGAGUCUAGUGGCGUUGGUCUGUAUGAAUUUCUUGGUGCUGGAUGUGGGCUCGGCACUGUACAUCCCUGCGGAUGGCAUCCACGCUUACCUCUCGGGUGACAUUGUCGAGUGCAUGGCGAGGUCGAACAAUGUCAUCAAUACGGGAUUCUGUCCAAGGGCGGAUCGCGAUUCAGUCGAUCUGUUCGCCAGGUCACUGACAUUCAAACAACACGACCCAUCAGAGCCCGUCCUCAAGCGACAAGCCAGCGACAAGAGUCAGAACGGCAAGACGGACGAGUUCAAGCCGCCGAUGAGCGAGUUCAAUAUGCUUGUCACGGAGCUGUCAGGGGGCGAGAAGGAAGUGGUCAAAGGUAUCGCGGGGCCAAGUAUCAUGGUAGUCACAGACGGGGGUGGGAAAAUGAAUGGCGGUGGACGGGAAUAUGAGUUGAAAGGGGGAAGCAUCUUUUUCGUGGGCCACGGCGUGGACGUUGACAUGGUCGCGGACGAUAGGUUGGUUGUGUAUCGGGCGUACGCAGAAUAA